CUCAAAACAUGAACCUGAAAACCUAGUAGCCAAUAUAAAUUACAAUGUGUAUUAGGUUUGUUUUAUAUCAACAUUUUGAGGCUAAAAAUAUAACAUUUAACCAGAGUUGCAAAGAGUAAUAAUGGAGGAAGUGAAGAUGGAGAAGGGUCGAAAGAUAGUGGUGGCAGUGGAUGAGAGCAAAGAGAGCAUGCUUGCUCUUUCUUGGUGUUUAAGCAACCUCAUUUCUCCUGAUUCUAAUACCAAUCUCGUCCUUCUUUAUGUUAAGCCUCCACCUCCUCUCUACUCCGCCUAUGAUGCCGCCGGGUACUUGUUUUCCGGCGAUGUGAUUUCCGCUGUGGAGAAGUAUAGCAAGGAUUUGGUGAGCUCCGUUAUGGAAAGAGCAGAAGCUGUCUACAAGAACUCAAUCAACAAUAUACAAGUAGAGAGGUUAGUCGGGAGUGGAGAUGCAAAGGAUGUGAUAUGCAGUACGGUAGAGAAACUUAGAGCUGACACUCUUGUCAUGGGAAGCCAUGGUUAUGGCUUCUUCAAGAGAACUCUCCUCGGAAGCGUCAGCGAAUACUGUGCCAAGCAUGUAAAAUGUCCGGUGGUGAUAGUGAAGCACACAGGCGAGAAAUGUAGUUUUAAUAAUAUGACUAGUUAAUUAGCAGCCCCAGAACCAGGAUUCAGGCACCUGUAUUGUAAAGCUAUUUCAUCAAUAGCAGCAUUGACUACUACUAUGUUAGCUUAAUCAUAUACUAAUGUUAGAAAUAAGUUGGAAAUAUUACAGAAAAAAAAACUUGUAAAUCUA